UUCUUCUAUUCGGUUCUUGGUGUGGUGCGUUUGAUUUCUAGGUGAUUUCCCUGUGGUACAGCUAAUGGAUGGAAUCUUUGAAUGAAAAGUGUGAUUGAGUUGAUGUGUUACAAUGUCACUACGACUUACGGUUUAGUGAGGCGAAGAUUACCAUUAGAAAACGUAUCGAGCUGAAGUGGUGCUCAGUCAGUUGUUGUUGGAUUUAUGGAAAUUUAAUGAACUACGAACCAGACGCUGGGUUGAGGAUGAAAUUUCGAGGUGAUAAGGAAAAAGGAUUGUGACACUGAACGAAGGACAGGACUGUGCUACUUAGUGCCAAUAAAUAAUUCAUGUGUGUUGUGUCGAGCCGAACGAGUGCCCUUUGUGGUUAAAACAGAAUGUAUGCUGAUUAUUUUUAAAUGGAAUUCUGCGGAAGCUGGUAAACCUGUUUGCAUGCAGAUAUUGAAAAACGACGAAGCGCUUUAAAAAAGCGUUAAAACUAUACACCCCUCCACCCGGCAUCUCUCUUAACAAACGACAGGUUGAAAGUGCAUUCGCGCGUCCAGAGCGGACGAUAGAAAGGAAAAGUUAUAUAUCCCUAUUCCUAGGAAGUGGACACCGCACACGGCAUGCACUUUUCCCGGCUGACCAAAUUGCUUCGCCGACUAACCCGCGGGAGAGAUUGAGAGAGCAGGGUGGACCCACUCCCACCGAGCAGCAGCCAUACCGCAAUUAUUAGGUUAGGCGUGAGCGGACAGCGGACAGACAGUUCCUUCGGACUUUUUGACCGACGACGAAACAGCAGGCCGACCGCACGAGGCUGGCGAGCAGGCAGGUAGGCGAGUUGCAGUUGAAAUCAGUGCCUGCCCUCCCCCAACAACAACAACAACAUCCCGCCCUGCGUGGCGGUUUUUAUUUUUCUGUCACGCCGUUUGGCUGCCAACCGUCCAACGACCGUGGCUGUUUGUGCGCGGUAGUAUCGACCGAACCGUAGGCAAAACACAACCACAGCACAAGUGAAGAAUAGUAGCAAACAGAAGAGCGCUAAGAAAAAAUUAUAGCAAGUGAUGGUAAUCAUAACAACAUAAAAGUAACCGAAGCGACCGAAGAAAAAGAGUGAAAUUACACAAAUAAAAAUAUGAAAAAGAAAGUGAAUUGAAUUUUAACUUCAACCGGGCGGAGGAAAUAAGCAAAAGGGUGAACCGAAGAAAACGAAAUUCGACUCAGUAGAAGAAACGGUGGAAGAAAAUAAGGUUUGAAAAAUUUAUCAAAGUGUGGAAAUAAAUAUCAUCUGCGAAAACAUGCUUUUCCCAAGCCCGGGUAUAUGAUAGUGAUAACGAGUGAGCGUAGAGCUAGUGAAAGAGCGAACCAAGGUAACGAUCAGCCCUAGAGGUGUAUUGGAGAGGAAAAUCGUACAAAAGAGGUGAAAAAAUAACGAAAAUAUAAGUAAACAGUGGGUGAAUGAUCUAAACCGCUCGUAGUUCGCGCACUUUCGUGUUACUUUUCCCUUCAGAGCGGUCGACACGUACCUACUAUUGAAGCACAUUCAUGAAGUGGCUGGCAAGUAUUUUUGAAACUUCAGUUCCAAGUAACAGCGCAACGCCAUCGUCUGCUGUUACGCAGUUCCCUUUGUCGCUCUUGGAAGGAGCCCACCAUUCCUUAAAACAUUCCGUAUGAAGUAAGAUGUUAGGUCCCACAAAAUGGAGACUCCUAACGAUAGUCGCCGGAAUAUUACUCGCCCACGCCAUUGAAUCACCGAACAGCAGCAAAAGCAACAAGCUCAAGGGGCAGGUCCGCACAUUCACAAACCCCGACCUUGGCCUACGGAUAGAGCAGAUAGAGCCCUGGGGCAGUCGAAAAAUUACUUCCCGAAAUCUGCUCGUCCCCUAUGAAACCUUCUCCAAUGUGGAUAACAUUCGGUACAUAGACAGCCGAUCCGCCAACAGUCGUCUGCUGCGAAAUACUUUUGGAGCAUUUAGAUUCGCUGGACCAGUUCAACCACCGCCAUAUCAGGUGCCUGUGCAGCAGCCUAUCACAGCCCAACAACGAAGGGCCAAAUCUUUCCAAAAUCGUCGUUCCGACGAUGAAGCACAACAGACAGGAGUGCGAUUAACAGCAUCUCCAACGCUCCCACUUCCGAAUUCCCAACCAUUAUCCUAUCAAGGAGAACCACCGAUCAACGGGCUUCAAAAUGUCACCCGAACUCGACAACACCGAUAUAAAUUCAUCCCAAUCGGGUACUUUUAUCAAGGGCCCACAACCAACCCGAACUUAACCCCGAUUAGGAAUUCAUUACCGCCCAAAACAACCCAAGAUGAUGAACCUGAUGAGUCAUCAUUUUCAACCGAUGGCUACCGGACGGAGGGAAACGAUACCGAAUCGGAUCCAAACGCGAUGGGUGCUCGUCGAUCUGGAAUCCAGUUCCCUCCCGGUCCGUAUCAAGUUGCCAGUACAUUCACUCCACAAGCAUACAACGAGGAAAGCUUUGCCUAUAACGAGAACCUAGGACUGUAUCAGCGUCCGAUCAACACUGCUGAUGACUACGAGGAUACGGAUCCCUAUGACACCCGACAGCCACGAACUCCAACGGUUGCUACCACGCCGGAGCUCGAACAGGCAGAAAUUUCUCGAAACAUAUACGCAAAUCGAUACUUCCGAGAUUUGCAGCGACCUCAACCAACGCCGUCCCUGGAUAUGCGACCGGCCGAGUCACUCUCACGUCCCAGUCGCGUGGUGGAGUUUCCCGGUGUGGUUAACGUGAAACAGCCAUUUCGGGACGAUGUUACUAAGUUUGGGGAUGUGAAUGGACCGAUUACGGCAGUCCAGCGACCAUAUAUUGACUACGGUGAUGGGAAACGGCUACGGGCGACCGAUCCGAACUACUACGUGGACAGUCCGUACCAAACGAAUCGGCACUACUUUCCAUCCAAGGUGUACACGGAACCGAAAAUCUACCAGCCGUGGAAGUCACGAUCACCGCGUGUUGUGUUCCCGCAGGGCGACCUCUCCGGACCGUCCGGGUUCGGCAUCGACAAUGUUGUUUUCAGGGAUCAAAACUUCGGCUUGAACGAUCUGGCAGCGAUCCAGGAUGUGCGGAACGAGUUCAACCAGGAUGACGACAUCAUCGACGACCCGUCCUCUUCCAGCAAAGAUCGAGUUACCAUCUCAGUAUCUAGACCCCGUUCUAUCCCAACCCGUUACCUUCGUCCCCACCCGGUAGUAGUAGUAGCAACCCCACCCACAGUGAGUGCCAAAGGGCGAAUCCGCGUCUAUCCGCAUCCCGGUGCAUCUCGAACUAAACCAUCUCACACCUAUGCGACUCAUCAUCAAGCUACAGUUGGUGGUGACGGUGGUUUUCGGAUCGGGGUCCGAUCGGAGCUGCAGUGUCAGGACGAGGGCGGUACCUGCGAAUUUUUCCUGCUCUGCUGGAUGUCCGGCGGGCUGCUGCAGGGUAGCUGCGGCGGACUGCUGAAGGGUUGCUGCCAUCGGACGGCCAAAUCGGCCAACAUCGGCAUCGGCACCGGAAACACGAUCGAUCUAACAAAUCUUCCAAAUUACGAUUACGGUCCGAUUGAAAAUGAUCCCAGCUGUGGUAUCUCGCUAGCGAAGCAGACAGCUCAGCGGCGGAUUGUCGGCGGUGACGAUGCCGGUUUCGGUUCGUUUCCCUGGCAAGCCUACAUUCGAAUAGGCUCAUCGAGAUGCGGGGGUUCGCUGAUAUCACGACGCCACGUGGUCACGGCUGGACACUGUGUUGCUCGGGCGACACCGCGUCAAGUGCACGUGACCCUGGGGGACUACGUGAUCAACUCGGCCGUCGAACCACUGCCAGCCUAUACGUUCGGGGUGCGCUCGAUCAACGUCCAUCCAUACUUCAAGUUCACCCCGCAGGCAGAUCGAUUUGACGUGGCGGUACUCACGCUGGAACGAACCGUGCACUUUAUGCCACACAUUGCACCCAUCUGUCUACCGGAGAAGAACGAAGAUUUUCUAGGCAAGUUCGGCUGGGCAGCGGGCUGGGGUGCGCUUAAUCCCGGCUCGAGGUUGCGGCCGAAGACGCUACAAGCGGUUGAUGUUCCUGUGCUGGAUAACAGAGUCUGCGAAAGGUGGCACCGUUCGAAUGGAAUCAACGUGGUCAUUUACCCGGAGAUGCUGUGCGCUGGGUACCGAGGCGGCGGGAAGGACUCCUGUCAGGGGGACUCUGGUGGGCCACUGAUGCACGAGAAGAGUGGGCGAUGGUUUCUGAUAGGUAUCGUGUCAGCUGGGUACUCUUGUGCCACUCGGGGUCAGCCCGGUAUCUACCACCGCGUCGCUAACACAGUGGACUGGAUAUCGCACAUCGUACAAAUUGUGCCGUAGAAGGUCAACGAAAGGAUCGCAGCGGAACGCGCUAAGUCACACUCAUUUCAACGCUGAGGGCUAGUGUACCCAUAGUUAAGGAUGCGAAAGAAGGCUUUUUCUUUUUUUCCGAAAUUUCCCGCCGCAAUAUGAUUCCUGGAUAGAAAAAAAAUCACCAAGAAAAAUUCGUAAAAAGUAGAAUUUACCGGGAUAAUUUGAGCAACGUUUCCGCAAAAAUAUUUAACUAUUUAUUGUAUUCCGGAAUUACCGAAUGAGCUCAGCGGUUCGAUGAGUGAGCAGCUUUUAAAAUGUUACAGUAUGUGACAGUCUAAAUUCUUCAGCGCGCAAUUGUACCAUAAUCGAAAUAAAAAAAAAACGCCUCGGUAAGCUAGAGAAUGCCCUCAACUUAGCAAUGUACUAAAAUACCUGAUUGUGAUAUAUGUACUGACGAGGAAACACGUGAGUGAUAGCAAAUAGUUCACAGGACAAAAAGUAUAAACAAAAUGCCAAGCCAGAAUGAGAGAGAAUGUAAAAAGAGUAAAUACUGGAAGAGAAGAAAAUUAAACACUAAUAACAUGUUUCUGUGAAACUGUUCCAUUAGUAGGAUCCCUGUACGUAGUUGUACAGUGAAGCAUCAACAGAAUAAUUAAUAGGGAAAUAAAUAAAAAAAAACAAAUCUGUCACUUACUAUACAGUUUUCUGGUAGCGUAAUCGUGCAGGCCAUCGUUUGUGAAUACGGAGCGCACGAGAGAAAGAAUUUAAAAAGCAAAACAACUAUAAACGAGAACGAAUUACUGUUUUAUGUAAAUAUAAAAUUUCUGUCUUCUCUAUCCCCCCCAACGGUAGGUUAGUGAACUUAGGUGAUUCUUUAGAUUUUUAGAGGAAAAAUCGCACGGGCGAUAAAAAAAUGAAAGACAAAAAUGCGAACCACUAUCAUUGUGGAGGAAGUAAACAGAUUGUUACCAUGAAUAAUAUGACUAUUUUGUAAAACGAAAAAAAAGAACGAAUGUGAAAAACCAUGUUGAUACAAAAAUACAAUCCAACCAGAUCGGUCGCCCGAUUGAAUGUGCUUUUAUACAAUAGAGUAGAGAUAAUUUUGUACCACACAAAAGCUCGCUCGCAAAUGCCUCAAGUAAAGAAAGUGCCUGGAUAUA